AUGAAUCCUCUUCACAAGCCCAGUUCAACCCAGUUCGGCAACGGAAGCUCUCAGCCGCCAGUGUACUUUUACAAUACCAUGCUCCAACAAACUCCGAAUAUGACUCUGCCACACAUGAUUCCAAACCAACAGACUUUGAUGGGCAAUUCUCAACGGGGAGUUGUCCAGCCGAUGAUGUUUUACUCGCCCCAAGUGCUCAAACUUCCUCUAACGCAUCAAUUGGCAAAUGGAUUUAUCUCGAAAAAGAAAAAAUGCUCAAAUGCAAUUCUGAAAAACCGAAAGAUUCUAAAACGCGCAAUGCUAACUAUUCCCGACCCGCUGCCAGAAUUUAUCGAAAAGGUGAAAGAAAUCAAAAAGGCGACGGAAAACGAAGACUUAUUUUGCAAAUCGUGCAAUCUCUUUUUAAAUUCGGCUCAACAACUCAAGGCUCAUGUGCAAUCGACAAAACAUAAAAUGAUCGAGCUUGGGUUGAUGGACAGGAAGGCGGAUAAAAAGCGCGAAAUUGGAAGGUACAAGUGCAAGCCCUGCGACUGUAUUAUGAACAGCGAAGUUCAACUGCUCCAUCAUUUAAACUCGAUCCGUCACCAGCGCACCUUAGAGGACUUCCUUCAAUCUGCUUCUGAGAACAAAUGA